AUGGAUAUUCUACCGACGGUACUCGAGCUAGCUGGUGUCACACAUCCUGGAACGACGUUUCAAGGACGAACAGUUAUGCAGCCUCGUGGGAAAUCGUGGGUACCACACCUUCGAUCUCAUGAACCGAUUCAUGAUGAAUGCCAAGACUUCACUGGCUGGGAGCGGUUUGGUGAGCGGGCAAUUCGUCGUGGAAACUAUAAGGCUGUCUAUAUUCCCAAAGGACCACCGCCUGGAGAGACCAAGUGGGAGUUGUACGAUUUAAUGCAAGAUAAUGGUGAACUGAAAGAUUUAGCAAGAGAAAAGCCGAAUAUAUUGAAGGAAUUGAUUGAACUUUGGUUCAAGUAUGGCAAUGAGACGGGUGUGAUCGUAUCACCCGAUCCUUACGAAGUUAGAUACCACGGUCUGUAA